AUGUCAGAGCCUAACACUACACAGAAUACGAUUCUCAUUCCGCCAGAUCUUUAUUAUAAAGAGUACUGGCUAAAUACCAGCUUUCAGGAUUGGUCUAUUGAGUCGUUCGAUAUGUUUUGGAUCCAACAAAAUCCAACUCUCCAUCAAAGUCAAGAUCGAGCCCAUACUUCGUUAGGUUCCGAGUUGAAAAUUCUCUCUAAAGCAUCUGAUCAAAGGGUGGCAGAAAAAGCGUUGCUCUUACAAAAAUUAUUAAAGUGUAAGAAAUCGGCAGAAAUCAUUGAUAUUAUCUGGGACCGGAGCGAAGAAAUUGCGGAUUCAAAAGUUCGUUUAACGCUGAGUGAACUGCUAACCAAGACGAAGGUUAAGACAAAUAUUGUCAGUGAAAUUGGAGAUUUAGGAAGCAGUGCAACCUCAAAAUGA